GGAGAGUAUCGAAAUAGCCACAAUGAAGAUGAGGUUACCGCUCGGAAGGAGUCACGACAAUAGAGAAAGUUUUCCUCCGGAGUAUGUUGAUUAUGCUAUGCAAUCAAUAUUUUCCUGUCGAAAUGCACUCCAUCAGCGGAAUGGCUUAAGCUUGACCGCUUAA